AGUUAGAAAAGCAUGCAGAGAAAAUUCUGACUAUAGUCACAACAUUAUUUACGAGCAACUAUUAGUGUAAUUUAGACUAAUUACAGACAAAAUAAAUUUGCACUGAAGGGAAUAAAAGAUAGGAAAGAAGCUCCAAAUACAUUUGAACCUGAAUGGUGUUAUAAUGUGCUGAUCCCUAAUGUCACUGAACUGUGCCUCUUGUACUAAGUCUCGGACACUUGAAUCAGGUGGAAAUGCUCCUUAUUACAAACCAAUGAAUGUGAUAAUCUGCUAAUAUAUUUAUCAAAAAAAAAAAAACAUCCCUUAGUAAAGGGUGAACAUGCAUAAGGCAUCAAAGCACGGCUCACAAAGCUUUGGUAGUCAGGAUAGUGAUAACCUACGAAAUCCAAUAACAUGGCAACCAGAUGUCUCACAGUACCAACUCCAUAAUGUCAUAGGUAGAGGAACAUUUGGCUCUAUAACAGUCCAUCUUGCCCAACACAUCCCUAGCGGGAAAAGUGUGGCCAUCAAACGGAUUGAUAUUGAAGGGAGUCCUGUGGAAUUCAAAGUUUUUCAGGAUGAAGUGAUUCUGUGUAGACAGAUGCACCAUGAUAACAUAGUGAAAUACCACUGUACAUUUGUUAAUGAUAAAGAACUGUGGAUUGUUUUACCUCUACUGGGAUAUGGGUCAGCUAGAGAUGUCCUGCAUGCUUACUUUAAGACAGGUUUACCUGAGGCAGCCAUUGCCUACAUACUGAGAGAUGUAGUGAGCGCUUUAGACUAUCUUCAUAAUCGAGGGAUAAUCCACAGGAGUGUAAGAGCUAGUCAUAUUCUGAUAGGGGGCAGUGGUAACGUGUGUUUAUCAGGACUACGCAGUGCCUAUCAUCUGAUUUACCAUGGCAAGAAAUGGUCUCGUGUCUACGAUUACCCUAAUGCCUGUAAUGGUGAUCUACAAUGGCUCAGUCCAGAAAUUCUAGAACAGAAUUUGUCAGGAUAUGAUACAAAAUCUGACAUAUACAGCUUUGGGAUCACCAGCUGGGAACUGGCCAAUGGUUAUCCCCCUUUUGAGGAUAUGCCUGUUACUCAGAUGUUGUUGGAGAAGGUGAACGGAACAAAGCCCAUGUUACCGGACUGUACCACGAUAGGGGAGCUGACAGGGGAGGAGGAAGCUCAACACAAUGAAAACAUGGAGAAUGGAGGAAUUGAUAUUGUGGCCAUUGCAAAGGCUCGCAAGUUCUCGUCCCAUUUUCACAAUUUGUUGGACAGGUGCUUAGAGAAAAAUCCCCAUUGUCGACCUACAGCUGAAAGUCUCCUGACUGACUCCAUGUUUAAACAAUUGAAGAGGAGAUCAACAGAAGCCCUGCCCAACCUCUUACAGCCCUUAACUCCUAUCAAACUGGCUAACCUGACCAGUGAUAAAGAGGAUGAAGCAGUAGAUUCUAUGGUUGAAGACAUGGAGCAAGUGAAUUUGGUUGGUGAAUGGGAAUUCUAGGUGAAUGGGACUUCUGAGUGUCAUACAUGUAAUUGUGCAGCAGCGUGAUGUUUGUUAGUGAAUUUGUUUUGUUCAAAGUUAAUCAAUAAUUGCUAUCUUAUAUUUAGCUAAAUCAUUUUAAGGUAAAAAUGACAUGUAUUUCCAACAGUGCUAUUAAUUGUCAUCUAAAUGGAGUUUAUUGUUAAUGAGAAUGCUCAAAUAUAUAUUAUAUGUUAAACAGA